UUGGAAAGUUGAAAAAGUCUCCUCGCGAGAAGGAUAAACAAUCCAAGGUUUAUAUUGAGAUGUAAAUUGAAAAUUUGUUUAUCAAGAUUGAAUUCUUAAAAGACUUUUUAAAGGAACUAUGGAAAGCUGAAGCACAGCGAGAGUUAACUACUGCAACAAAUUUGUAAGCAAAUUCAACUUUCUGAACUUUGCAUCGCUAACAUGUCUUCUUCUACGAAACACAACAACAGCCCGGCAAUGGACAAGUCAUGGUUUCAAGACACAAAGACUGGCAACGAGAAACAAGCCCACUAUUUUGUGCAAAUUCGCAAGCUUCAGGACGAACUUAUUCACCGUGAACAGCACAAUCUCAUCAACGCCAUGGAACGUUUAAAACAACUCACGUACCCUCGAAAAAGGCCAAUGAUUCGAAAUUUCGACAUCAAUACUUCCUCGGAUCCUCCUUCUAUGCAAAACUUCCCCGCAAGAAAUUUAAACUUGAGGAAAGAGGCGAAACACAAGGCCAUACAAGGAAAGGAACAGUCUGAGAUAAAACCUCUGUCUGGAAAACCAUUGAUCAGCAAACCCAGUGACAAGAAACAGGCUUCAUGUUACCAUCAUUUCUUUGUAAUGCCUCCACUUCUUAGUGAUAGAGACAUUGCAAAGAUUGUGCAUAAUGCAAACACUACCUUCCCCUCUGAGCCAUCCACUUACCUUCUUCAACCACAUUUGCCGUCUAUACCUAAUGUUGGGCGCAAAACAACUUUUAUGGUUGAUAAUAGGUUGAAGCUCUUGACACUAGCUGAAUCCGAGUUUUGUGAUCUGGAAGAAGGUAGUGUUAGUGGAAUGAGAAAACAUUUGCAUACCGGGAAAUCACAGCGAAGGAAGAAAAGUCCCACAUCCAAAUCGCGUUUAGAUGACCACACCUCUAGUGCAAAUAUAUACAAGACAGGUAGAAAGAAUGUUUUGACUUUUGAUGUUGACCCAAAUGAUCCAAGUCUUUUUUUCCAUUGUGUUGGGGGUGAGAAAGAAGAAGAGCACUAUGAAACGACACCAUUACCACCACCCAACUCUAGACCAAGCUCGUCUAAAUCAAGGUCUAGUCACCGAGGUGAAGGUGAAGUUGUUCAAGGGGAUCAUCUAAAGGCGGACUCCUCCAAGGCUUCUGAUACAGACCACAAUGAGAGUGUCGCUGCCAAAGACACAACAGCUGCAACAACAAAUGAAGGCAAUGUUGCUGCAAAGGAGGGAGAAAUGUCCAAAGUGGACACAGAAGUUAAUAUAACUGCAGAUGAUCAUCAAUUGCCUGAUACUCUGGAUUUGUCAUCAAAUUUAGCUCCAGUUGAAUGUAAACAAGAUGAUUCUGAUCAAGUCAGUGAAAGUGAAGGAGCAGUGGAUAUUGCUCAGCCUAUAGUGACAAUCACAAGUAAACCAGCGUCAGUUGAUGAGGGUGAGACAGACCAGGGGAAUUGAUGGAACUAGGCUAGGUCAAUGGGCAUUUCUGUCUGAAAAUGUUUUGAAGUGAUUGCACUGAUCAUAAAAUAUGAAACAAAACUUAUAGAAGCUAUGCCAUAGAUAGCACAUCUUGAAAAAUUUAGCCUAAAUUUUUCAAGUUUGCCAUUUGUCUGUCAAGUGUUGCAAUUACAAUGUAAGGCUUGUACAGAGUGUGUCACACCCUGCCUCUGUAUUUCUCAGUUUUAGCAAUCCAUGUUUCUUUUUUGUUUUAUUUUAUUUUUUCAUUUCUUUAGCAUUUUUACUGCAGUAAACUUUCUGAUGUUUCCAUUACUUACUUUGAAGAUAACUUUGUUAAACAAAAAUCAACACCACGAGAACUUAUUCCAAAUGCUGAGACAUAGCUCUUUUAAAAAGAAAUCAAGAAUUACUCAAAUUAGUAUAAUCGUAACUGAAUGUCUGGUCAACUACCGAAUUCAAGUUGACUGAUGUUUGUAUCAGUCAGAAGUUUAUCUGCAAGUAUUACUUUCAAAUUAUUUUAGGUUGUUGUGUAACUAUUGUUCAUGCAUGUGGCUUCCUUAAAUUUAUAUGAAAAAGUUGUUUUGUAAAUUGUAGAGGAAAACAACUAUACGAUGUAGAUAGGGUGGGAAAUGAAUCUGAAAAAUGUUCUUGAAUAUACAUGUAAAUUUGAAUCCGUAUGAGACAAGAGUACCCUGAUUUUCUUAUCAAAGUAAGGGAAAUUAACUUAUUUUAUAAUAACAAGUGUUACUGAAGGUGUAUCUUUAGUUAUUAAAUUUACCAAAUGUAAGGUACAUAUAUAUCUUUUUAUACAGCCCUUAAAAUCUUCAGUUUCAGCCUAAAAAGAACCAUAAAUUAUACAAUAUAUUUAGUGUAUUCAAAGACAUGUCCUUACCAUAUUUUCCAUAUAUAGUGGUACAAACAUUGAUGAUAUUUAUAUGGGUUUGUUAUUUUUUACUUCUACAAUAUAGAAGUUAUUUUUUGAAAUGUAAAUAGUAGUAAA